CCGUUUAUCCGGAGCUGGUGUGAAGGUGCAGCAGCCCCCAUCACUCCUAUCAGAACUGCUGCCGCCGGGGUCCUGUAACUCUCUCCUCCUCCCAUCUCCCACUUUUGAUGGGGGGGAGUGCAGCGGUGAAGUCACGGUGAUGUCAUUUUAGGAUGUGAGAAUCGCGGGGGCAAGGUGAGCUGGUUUUGCGGUGAGUGGUGUCCCCUCCACGGCCAGCGUUGCCUUCACAGAGGCGCGGAGCGGCGAAAGAUGAUCAUCGCCGCCGGCACCAAUUCAAGCUCCGACGCGCUCUGUCCUUCUCCUCCUGCUCAGAUCUCGGGCUAUGGGGCCUUGAUCUGCCUUGAUCCCAAAAUAAGCCUUCGCCAUCACCACCACCACCACCAUGCCAAAGGACAGAAAAUAAGAAGAACUGCGUUUUUAGGGCAGGUAACUUUAACCACGUGCCCAAAGGGUAAACUGGAUGGCCAUUGCGCAAAGGUGCCACUACAGUAUGUCCAGCUGGGCCAGGACGCACUGGACGUUGCCAGCAGUUCUUGUACUGUGGACUUCGCUCUGGGGAAUCGCUUCAUCUUAUCCGAUUCCAAGCAGGACUAAUGCGACUUUAAUGGAAAAGAAGUGGGAGACCCUCUUCUCCCGCUCCUAUCUGGGUAUAGCUGGGGGGAAAUCGGAGCUGAACUGGGAGAGUGACUAUUUGCAGGGCAUCAAAAGAGUGCGGCGGCUGUACUGCAACGUGGGCAUUGGGUUUCACCUGCAGGUGCUCCCGGACGGCAGGAUAAGCGGCGCACACAACGAGAACCAAUACAGUCUGAUAGAGAUCUCCGCCGUGGACCGAGGGGUGAUCAGCCUGUUCGGAGUCAGGAGCGAGCUGUUUGUCGCAAUGAACAGCAGAGGAAGGUUAUACGGAACGAGAGUCUUCAGGGACGAGUGCAAGUUCAACGAGAUGUUGCUGCCCAACAACUACAACGCCUAUGAGUCUUUUGUUUACAAGGGCUUCUACAUCGCCCUCAGCAAGCAUGGCCGCGUAAAGAGAGGCAACAAGGCCACCACCGCCAUGACCGUCACACAUUUCCUCCCGCGGCUAUGAGAAAAAAAAAAAAACUGGCAAUAACUCACUAAUUUGCACAUGUGGAUGUUCUUCCAGGUAAUAUAGAAAAUGCAUAGUCAUGAUAUACACACCCAUGGACUGCGAAGGUCAAAACAAAUAUUUAUUCUGUUAUAUAUAUAUGUAUAUUUGGAUAGCUAUCUUUGUAUAUGUAUGCCAUACUGUGCUGCUUAUUGUUUUUAUGGACGGGGAGAGCCUUCGCCUGUCUCACUUUACCUUGGUGCUUGCUGUAACUGAACUAUGUGUCACUUCCUUUUUCGAGAUGGAGGAUGAGCUAUAUUCUGUGCUUUUAAAGAGUGAAAUGAAUACUUUUUAUUACCUCAAAGAACCACUUUACUAGAUGAAGGGAUGCAUGGACUUCUGCUGAAAUAUCUGCUUACGGUUACCGUUUCUUUUGAACCUCCGAGCGCUUCGCGGCUCGCUGCUUGAUUAUCGAUGUCCGGCAGUAGGGGAAAACUUAAAUGCACUACCUUUGCUGCACGAUUUAAAGGUGCCUUGGUGUUCCCACUCGCGGCCCCCUUAAACAUGCAUGUAAGAGACACCCGCUGGAGUCAGAAAUAGGGCUGACACUCCGGAGAGGGCCUCAGAAGAGGGGGGGGGGGGGGUGGAGGUUGACUAUCUCUGGUUUAUUUUCUUUUCUGUAAUUAGAUCGAUUAAGUAAUAAACAAUCUGUGGUUGAGACCGGAGAGCGGUCGGCCAUGGAUGCUGGCGCGGGGACGCAAGUCUGACCGUGUGGCGUCGCCAGCAAAUAAACAGGGUGGAAAACAUAUCUAUCGCAGCAUGGAGAAAACCUUUUAGUUCGGACCUGGCUUGCACAAGAAGCGACUGAGCAGAUGUAGCGCGCAGUAGAAACGUUCCCGCGCACUUGUCUUGGGCAGAGCUCCCGCAGAGAAAAGCGGGUCGCCGUCGUAGAAUCGCAAAAAGCUUCGUUGGCUGUUGAAAACGAACGUCCACUGGGUAAACGAUGUAAAUAGUUGCAAAUGUAAAAGAGGAAUUCGGGAUCUUUUUGGGCGCUGAGUGAAAAGAGUUCAGGCUGCACGGUGAGCCAUCAACGAUGGUGCUUAGGUGUUUGUUUUUUUGUUUUUUUUGUGUGUAAGAGCCGUCCCCUGUAUCUUCGUCCCUUCACUUUGUCUGCGUCUCGGUUCGUCUGGUGGAGGACGUGGCGUGCCAUGGGCCGCCGUCCCCCCUCCACUUGCCCUGUAUGUUCUGCAGCAGCACUGCAGUGCCGGCGAGGAGUUUGGAACAAAAGGUUUUAAAUGCAAUUACGGAUGAGUCGAUCACGUGCCUCAAAGGACUAAAGGACGGAGCAGAUAGUCUGGAUGCACGCUGUAAGAUUCCUAAGCUCAGUGUCUACAUUUGCGUCGAUUUUAAGCUUCAUUUUAUACAUCUGGAGGUCAGGGAGUUGACAAAUCACAAGUAUGCACAGUGGCAGAAGCGGGAUGCGCCGUGCUUCGCGGACUCGCCGAGAGUAUGCACAAAUAUCUUGUUACAUAUUCCAAAGAUGUUUUUCUUGCCUCAUUCGGAGGAUUCCUGAGAGUCUUAUAGAGUGCAUCAACCCGUGUAGCUUCUGCAGCUGUCCACUCAAAAAAAAAAAAAAAAAACCUGCAGCCCACUUCGCCAUCGGCCCUCCAUCCGUUCUCGUGUGAGAGGAAGCAGGACUAUUUAAAUCCAGGAAAGACGUAUAGCGGCGGAGCUGGCCCCGCUGUCUUUGUUGUUCGUCGAACCCCCUGCAGGAAUGUGGAUCUGCCAGGAUGACAGGCAGCUUCCCACAUACCUGAGCUGUGUCACUCCCCCCCCUUCCCCUCGCUGCCCACCUCUGCCUGUCCCUUACGCCCCCCCCCCUCCCCACCCCUCACCCCACAACUCACCCGCAGUAGGCAGGGACCUUGGGAUUCCAGCUGUAACCCAGGAGCUUCCUCCUCUCCUUUCAGCCUUUUUUAGUUCAAGGUCAGAGUCGCAGACCAGCCUUGGCCCCUACCCCAGUGGCCGGGGCGGUUUGAUAUAUGGUCCAGGCUGUUUCCAUGAAAUAGGAAUUUAAAGCAUCUUUCUGACACAGGAAAUAUUACUAAAUAAUCGUCUGAACCAGCUCCGCAGUUGCUGACCAGAAACAAAACCAAAGCACUUAUAGUUCCUCACGAGUUUGAAGUCGUUUUUAAACAUCCUCCCUUCCUUCUAUGAAUUCAGAGCCCCAUCUCUUUAAGACACGGCUCCACUACACGCUGUCCCCUUUCCAAGUACUCGUGUUGGGAUAUUUCUGGGGAGGAGACAUCUGCAGAGUUAAUGCAGUGUGUGUGUGUGUGUGUGUGUGAGGAGCAGAGUCACGCAGAGCCUCACCUCCCCUGCUGCACUCCGGUCCUGCAGGACGGCCCCUCCAGUCGUCCUGCAGGACGUGACCUCUGCUGCUGCUGCUGCUGCCGCUGCUGCUGCCAGACUCUGGCCUGACCCCGGACCCCGAUCCCUCACGCUGACAAAGCGUCACCUGCUGCCCCGAACCGUCUGCGACCCCGCGUACUCGGUUCAUGACAGUAUUCUCCUCAGAAAAUCGCCGUGGACGAGGCAGCGUGUGUCGGGCGUUUCUCAUUUUUGGCUGAAAGGGCGAAUAAAAGCUGAGGAAGGUGUGGAAGUGAACGUCGCGUGCGCAGGCAAUGAGCUUUCAGCGAGCUUUCUCUUACACGCCUCUCACUGAAGAUGUCUGACGUUUAUAGCAGCACCUUAUAACAGAUUAUUUAUGGUAGAGAGGUUUGUUUUCCCACAUUUUUCUGUCAUUAAGUACGAGCUGGAUGUCUAAAAAAGAGAAACUAAAUGCUCACCUUUCAGCUUUGACCAAAAAAUUGUUCAGAUUGUCUCUUUUUUUUUCUUUCCACGGCUUAUUUUAGGUCAAAUAUAAUUAAGUAAAGGUGAGGAAUAUCUUUUUUUUUUUUUUUACCCUGUUUAAUGUACUAUUAGCAUGCCUGGGCCCUGGGCUUGGUUAGGUGUGUGUGCUUCUUUUUUUUUUGUUUGUUUGUUUGUUUUUGUUUUUAGUUUGAACUCCUGCUCUAACGGGCGUGAGCCUCCACUCUAUUCCUCUCCUCUGUUCUCAUAUACCUCACCUUCUGCCUUAGUUUUUGGUUUGCUGAAGACUGUAAAUUAAAAAAGAAACAAACUUCAUUUAUUUGUUUCUGAAAACAGACAAUGCUAAGUAAGGAUAUUAAAAGUUUCUUCCUUUUAUUUUUGUACGUAUGUGCUGUGCACAGCAGUCUACUGUAUUCCUGAGAUACCAAUAAAAGUUUGUUUUGUUUUUUUUUUAA